AUGAAGAUGAGUUCAGCGAAUGACGUGGAAGAUGUGGCCGACAAGAAAAUCAUUGACGAAGCCGUCCAGUCCGUUAGUGAGGGUGAGGCUUCACCCGAGGAGAGCCAGAGGUUCGAUUCCGAGGGAGUCGACUCGUCUGCUGGAUCUAAGAAAAAGGAGGACUCGCAUCUCGAGACCCCGUAUGGUUUGUUUGUACGGAACAUGGUAUUCGAGGCCAACGAGAGCCAUCUGAAAGAGGCUUUUGAGAAGUAUGGCGAAGUGGCACACACAUCCAUUGCCCGCGAUGGUCGGGGAUUGAGCAAAGGCUUCGGAUUUGUUUGGUUUACGAAGGAGGACGCCAUGAAAACCGCCAUCGCUGAAGCGGACGGAUCAUUUUGGCACGGUCGGCGUAUCAUGGUCGCCCCGAGGGUGAAGACAUUAAGCCGAAUGUCGAACCCGCGGAGUGUUCCGUCCCAGUCUAUCUUCAUUGGCAACAUCCCAUACGAGACCACCGACUCUGAGCUCAACCGUCUCUUCAGCGAGUUGGAAAAUGUCACCGAUGUUCGUGUUGCUGUGGACCGCACCACAGGUUGGCCGCGUGGGUUUGCCCAUGCCGACUUUGCAGACGUUGAGUCGGCCCAACGGGCCAUGGCGCGGCUGCAGAACAUGACACUUGGCGGCCGGAGGCUACGCCUAGAUUUUGCGGAGGGCAAUUCAAGGCGAAAGCGGCCUCAGCUCUCGGACACUCCUCCAGAGUUCACUGCCGAAUCUUAG